CAGUCUCCCCUUAAAUUAAGCCCCCUUUUGACUCAUCUGGGACGGGCGAGGCGAAGGAAAGCCAACGAACGGGUCGCUCGAUCUGUAGCUGUGAUCGCACAUGCUCUCCCUUCACCACUUCCGGAGUUCCCUCCGAGCAAAUCGGGUGGCUUGAAGCGCAGGGCUCGACGGGCACCUUCUGUCAAGAGCUGAGCGGGCUCCCUCCAACUCGGCCUCAUUCAUUCGCGCCGAUGGUCCUGCUGGCGGGGGCGGGGCAGCGCCUCGCGGGAGGGUGUCACAAUGGCUGGAACUUUCCCCAGCCGCGCGCUGAGGGGAUAAAUCGAUCGGGGCUUUCCCGUGUCCCUCGUGGGUGCUGCUGGGGAAGAAGAGGCGUUUCCUGGAAUCUGUAUUAAAUCAGAGCCGCACGCCUGAGUCGGGCAAAACGGCUCGCGCGCCGGGCGGUGCGUAUCUCUAGCGGCGCCAACCAGGAUUACAAUAUAUUGUCUUCGGCCACUUGGAUAUAUUCGGAUCGCCUCCGGAGCAGACGCCUUUCCCUAAGUCUGAGUUUCGCCUCGAUCAGCAUGCAGCAGGUUCGCAUCUUUUUCCUCCUUGCCUUGGGCUCCUGGGCUUCUGAAAAAGGAGCCACAAAGGAAGGCUUCGUGAGAAUUUCGCCAGAAAAUCCUGUGGUGGAAUUUGGAGGUUCUCUUGUGCUAAACUGCAGCGCCAGUUGUGAAACGAUUGGUCUGGAGACCGCCUUCACGAAGGUUCCCAAUGGAACUGGAUCCAACUGGAGAGCCUUCCUUCUCACUGACAUCAGGGACUGGGUCAGUGACCCAUUGUGCUAUGCUAACUGCGGGGAUCACCAGCCAAAACCUGCAAGUGCAACCAUUACUAUUUACAAACCUCCAGAGAGUGUUGAACUGAAUCCAGUGCCAGAAAUGGAGGCGGGCAAGCUAUAUGACUUGAUGUGCCGGGUUUCUGGUGUAGCCCCCAUCCGGAACCUCACUGUGACCUUGUUGAAAGGGGCAGAGCAACUUCUGGUAAAGACCUUUGAGGAUCAUACUGCACCUGAAGCGGGUCCUGUUGUGGUGAAGCAUAGAAUAAUAGCUCAGCAAAAUGACCACAACAAACCAGUCACCUGCCAAACAUCCCUGGAUCUGAGACCAAGAGGACCUCUCCUGAAAAACACCUCCCACAGUAUAUUAAGGAUUUUUGAUUUUGCAGGUACUCCCCAGCUCCACGUUGGCCUGUUCUUAGAAGCUGGGAUCGAGAUGACCGUGACAUGUGAUGCAUCUGAGGUUUCCCCGGCUGAAGAGGCCGUGUUUGACCUGCGGUUUGCAGGGAUGCCUCUGACCUUAAACACCAGGGUGACGGGGGGCGUAGCAAGUGCUCAGGCUGUGGUGAUCCCUUCCUCAGUUGGAGAACAUGAGUUGCUCUGCAGAGUCUCUCUGGGGCCAGUGACCAAAAACGUGAAGAAGAUGGUGAAUGUGUUUGGUACGUCUCAUAUCUGUAACUGGGUGAACCAAAGCCAUAGUAUUCUUAUUCAAAUUACAUUUAAUAAUUUAUAAAUUUAUAAUUUAAUUUUAAUAUAUGGAGCUUAGGUCUGACAUAAAGCCAUUGGAAAGACUGAAGCAGGGAAUGUGAUGCCAGGGUUUGGGAAAGCUGACUGCAAAUGUCCAAGAGGCAGCUUCCAUAGAAGACGGUUUUCCUCAUCUUCCCGGCUGAUGGUGUCCCUGCGCUCCAUAAAGAUCUUUGUUCCUACUCUAUCUCAUUUUGACAUGUAUAGAUUAAUUAAAAGAGGUCCAUUUGUUU